AUGAGGUCUCGUCGUCGUCGCCAUCUUUGUAUUCUUCCAAAAAAGACAAAAACCGAGGGAAAAAGAGUGCAACGAAGGAGAAAUCGCUUCGACGACGUUUGGUCUUGGAAUCGAGACGGUUGUCGAAAAUCAGGCAAACUUCCACUUCAUCCAAGUACGUCACAAAUGACCGCCAAAAAAAGUGAAUCGACAAAAAAUUUGAAAUUCUCGAAAACAAAAUAG